CCUGGAGGUGAAAGCUGUCGUGAGCUAUGAUUGCACCCCACCCCCGCACUCUACCCUGAGCAACAAAGCAAGAUCCUGUCUCAAAAAAAAAAAAAAAAUUAAAACUUUAGUGUCACAAGUCUGAUUGGAACACAGCUACGCCCAUUUGUUUAUUUAUCGUCUAUGGGUGCUUUGUGCUGCUACAGUACAGAAGCUGCAACAGAGAUGAUAGGGCCUGCAAAGCGUAACAUAUUUAUCAUCUCCUGUAGAGAAAAAGUUCGCUCAACCCUCUACUAGAGCUAAAGAGGAAUCUCAUUUUGUGAUGAAAGAGGCAGGCAACCAAUAGUCAACAGUAAGGAGGAGAGGAAUGUAGCGAUGGGAGAGAGGAAGGGUGACCUUGUUCCAUGGGAGAUGAUCUCUGCCUGUCCAUCAAGGGGAGGGCCUUUUGGCCUAGGGAUCCCAGGGAUACAGUCUGCUCCUUUUUUUAAAAUCCUACCCUCUUUCCCCCAGUUUCUUUUACUCUUCACUCAAAAUUCAGUGGAGCUACCUCAAGAGAUUCAGGUAAGGCUCAGAAGAGCACAGCACACAAACAUGCCGACCCAACCUAACCCUUCCUCCCACAGCCCGGGGCUCUUCCCAGGCCUCUCAGCACAGUUCUCCAGUGCUCACAGGAGAAAUGCUCCGCUCUGGCCACCUUCCAGCCAACUCUGUACCUCCCCUUCAGCUGGCAGAGCUGAUGGCUCCCUGGCAUCUGACUGCCAUAUCUUGUGCAUGCCUUGUUUUGGAUUAAUCUUUUACAUUCCUCCCUCAAAUCCUUUCUUCCUUCAGACUCAGCCCUGAAACACCCUCUUCUAGAGUUUUCCCAGUCUCCUAGGUCAAGGAGCCCAAAAGUCAGAUUGAGGGUUUAUGCUGGCUACUUUGAGGUUAACCCAAACUUUUUCUGUCUCUUGUUGACAGACUUAGACUUAGGUACUUUCCUGAGGCUUUCUACUUCCUUUAGACGGUGUCUCUGCCCUUUAAAGCUGACACCUCUUCAUCACCUACCUGUGGCAAAUAAACCACCUCUACUUGAAACACAUACCUCCCCAAACCAUAAUUUCUACCAUAGCAUGAUUCUCCGUGGUUCAAAGAGAGGAGAGAGCUUCCUGGGUCAGUUUACUCUGGUGGGGAGGAUGCUAACAUGAAGUCUUUAUUUGUAAACCUGGGGACAAGGGGAGAGCAAGGAAUGAGAGAGGGUCUGGCUGGAGAGAAUCUGGAGGGAGGCUCUCCUAGCAUCUUGUUCUCUCUCUAUCCCACCACCCUCCAUGUCCAUCUAGAGCCUCCCACCAGAGCUCUUCUCUUACAGGUUUCCUGGGAGAAGGUGGCUUAAGGCUGAGACACUUAUGCCCUGGGCCAGCCACUGGGUUCCUGUGCUCUGUUUCAUUCCUCGUUACCAGAAGGGUGGAAUCUGGAUGAGUGGAGCCACUUUCAACCCAGAGAAAGCCCGAGUCCCAAAGCAACAGGAAGAUGUGCAGGUGGCCGCGAGGGUGGGGAGAUCCUGCCGCCUCGGGCAACUCUGUCGUCCCCCGCAGGGUCCAGGUGCUCAGAAAACAGCAGCCACUGAGUUCACUGUUUCCGCAGGCCCCGUAUUCCCCGCCGUGCUCAGCUGGGCUUGUGGAGCCGCGAGCGGGGGCGCUCCUGUGGCACCGCCCUUCCCAGGCAGCCCGGCUUCCAGGAGAGACUUGGCCCCAGCCUCCGAACGGCAGAGGUCUGGGAGGGGAUGUGAUGGCAAAGGCCUGCCCCUCUCAGGUCGCCUCUAGCAAGUUCUCCACCUUGGGAGAAGAGAGCGGGAGGAAGAAGGAGGCGGCCAGGCUGAGCCAUCUCUGAGGAAUGUGGCUUUGGCAGGACAUCCAGUGCUGCCCCGCUCCUCCCUCAGCCCCGCCCAGGGAACCGGAGCCGGGCCGGGCUCCUCCUCCUCCAGGGGAAGGGCUCGAGGCAGGAAUCCCUUUCCUUUCCCCACCCCAGGAGAAGUCCCAGAGCGUAGGCAAACGCGUACGGCAGAAAGGGGGACAGAAGGCAGGGCUAGAGAAUGGAAACAGGAAAAAAAGAGCUUCGACAAGCCAAUUGCCCUUCGCUCAGGCCUCAGAGGAAAGGCGCAGAUUCCGGGAGACUUCCCAGAGAGACUCGGCCCAAAAAAAAGCGCACCGCGGCCGCGCAGCCCUUCCCUCAGCUCUGGAGCCCAGCGCCCCACACCACACCUCAACUGGGAGAACUGGUGACCUCUAGUGGCCCAUGACCAGCCUGCAGGGCCUGGGGCUGGCAGGGAUCCUCUGGCCCAAACUCUCCUCCUGGGCUCUAAUGCUGUUCCCCUGUGCACCCUACCUU